ACACACAGCGCAUCAUCAUGAUCAUCAUCAUCGCAUAGGUACACACAGCACACCUAACAGGAAAAGCGAACCCGGGUAGCCUACGUAGUGCUGUCGGGGCAAAGUGCUGUUCACGAGCACCUAUCACAACACACACAGGGGGACGUCACACACACAGGGCACGUCACACGCGCUUCCGAGAGAGGCUCCAUCCAAGAGUGGGAGAGCCAUCUCUGAAGAGGACAGCACCAGUCACCAUCCUCAAUCAUGAAGAAGAGGAAGUUCAGGUUCCAGGUGACAUUCGACUUGGACGAGUUGACGUGCGUGCCCUUCGUGAACGGAGUCCUCUUCUGCAAGCUCCGUCUCUCCGACGGGGGCAGCUUCACGGCGCAGUCGAGCAGGGAGCAGGUGGAGGAGAACUCGGUUCAGUGGCGACGGACGUUCGAGUUCCCGUGCAAGAUGACGUCCAACGUCACCACGGGGGUGCUGGAGCCGUGCGUGCUCCGCGUGUCCGUGCGCAAGGAGACCAAGGGUGGGAAGACCUACUCCAAGCUGGGCUUCGCCGAUGUGAACCUGGCGGAGUUUGCCGGCUCGGGGAGCACGUGCCGUCGGUUCCUCCUAGAGGGUUACGACACCAAGCACACGCGCCAGGACAACUCCACGCUCAAGGUGACCAUCGGGAUGCACCUCCUCUCUGGUGACCCGUGUUUCAAAACUCCGCCGGUGGCCAGCGCCGUCGGCGUCGCGGUCGAGGAGCCUCUGCAGCCGGCGCUGCGCGGCGAGUCUCCCUGCGCCAACUCCAGCGCCGCCGCCAGCGCUGCCUCUGCCACCGCCGGCGCUUCUUCCUCCUCCUCCGCCCUGUCCCGCGGCUUCAGCUCGCUGAGGCUGGCGCGAGCGGCCACCCCGCGCCCGUCCGUGCUGCCGCUCGCCCUUGUGAACUCGUCGCAGUCACCGCUGCCGAGCCCCGAGGACGGCUACUUCACACUGCCGUCCCGCGGCCCCAGCCACUGCAGCCGUCAGCUGUCGCGAGUGUCCAGUGAGCGGUCGCGUGUGUCCGGCUACAGCACGGAGCACUCGGGCUCCUCCAGCACCUCUGACCUCAUGCCGGGCCCCGCGUCGCCGCUGCACAAGGCGGCGGCCAUCACGGCGUCCGCGUCGACCCCGUGGAUCGCGAGCCAGCCGCACGGCGCCGCACCGGCGCGGGGCCGGAACCGGCUGCCUCCACGGCCUCCUCCGCCCGCAAGCGUGCGCAGGCGUCCGCCGGAGGCGGCGGAGAGGCCGGAGUCGCGGGUGGACGAGACGCGGGUGGACGCGGUGGACGUGGUGGACCAGAUCCUGCAGAUGCAGGACUUCACGGCCAAGAGCACCAACGAAGAGGACGGCUUGACUCUCUUCGUCGGCCGAGACGGGACGUGGGAACUGCGCGGCCACCAGAUCGCAAACGGGAUCUCGCCCGGGCCGUACGAGCCGGUCGUGAUCAGCCGGAACAGAGACGCACGCUAAGCGCCGGCGGCGGCGGCGGCGAGGGCUCCUCAUGGGCGCGUCGGACGCCACCCAUGGACCCCGUGGGCCCCCGGGGGUAGAGGGCAGCGCCACGUCCGCUUCUCUGCCGCCCUCGCGCGGGUCGCUGGACGUUGCCGGACGCGAGCGUGGCGGGACGCUGGGCCUCGGGGGGCAGAGACUUCCGCAGAAGCGUCACGGCCCCGUCUCCUUUCACCGGUCUGGGCCAGUGGUGGAAAUCCCACAUCCCUAUGGUGGGAGCCACACCAUGCACGAUGUGUCCACUGUUUGGUUGCCCACGAAGAUGUAUUCACUUUAAUGAAGCCUUAGUGGGAUGAUGAGGUUAUGAGUUGAUCCCCAAAAUUUGAAUGUCCACUGUUCUGGCAGUGGGUCGGGUCUCCUGGCUGUGUCGACUCCAAUGGACUUGCCGUUAAUGCCCAGCUGCAGUGAUUAUCAGCAGCAUACAUCUCUGUAAAAUAAACACUAUAGGUCAGGUGAGCAUUUUCCACCGGCACAUCUGAGCCGAGCCAGCCACGGUACAGUUGUUGUUUUCCCCACUGGAUGUUUGCCGAGCCGAGCAGGGAGCCAAAACGUGGCACCACCGCUUGCCUCACAAUACGACGUCUGAAUCUGGCUCGGGGCCAAGCAGGGCCAGGGGCGUGGCUAGCGACGCGUUGGAUGUGUGUAACGUUGCAGUAGUCAAGAAAGUGUGACGUGUAACCGCGGCGUCUACGAGCGGCUCGACCCGUUCACGGCACGAGAAGUCGGUGGCACGGCACGGCACGGCUCGGCUUGGCUUCUACAGUGGAUAAACCACCGGGCGCCUCUUGAAACGUGCACCAGGCUGGCUCGGCACGGCCCCGGCACGGCUCGGUUGUGCAGUGGAAAAGGCAUGUGGGAUUUAUCCGGUCGAAGCCGGCUCCAGCCAGCUGGAAUAUAAUUUACCAUUUCAUCUCGAUAACUGUAAACGGUAUUUUUUUUUUUACGUGAGUGUGUAACAAGAGGUUUAGGUAACUUUUUUUAAACGAAUAAUUGGGCCGCUUUGACUUUGACGUGGGCCGUAGGGGCUUUUUCAAGCCAACAGCGAAAAUUUGGGGUUUUUGUUUUGAGGCGUUUUAAGUUUCACCGUUGCCUACCGAUUGUGCCGAGUGGUGGCAGGGUUACUGCUCGGCGUUUAUAUAUUAAAACAAAGGUCGCCGUAGAGCUUGUAACAGGCUGUUGUGGAGCGGUAGUGUCGUGGGCAGCGCAUAGUGCUACACACACAAACAAUUUGCCUUUGCUACUGCAAGUGCCAAGGUGCCAAAGUCCUGUAGAAGGCAUCCACAGGGGGGAGAAGAAUGCCUUCUCCGAAGCCAAUUAAUGCACUUUCCCUCUCGUGCCAAGAAUCCAGAAUUUCGAUCAAUUAUCUGGGUGCCCAGCUAGAGACCAAACCUGCCCGGACCGCGCCCAACCUCGUCGUGUUCUCAGAAGCUAAGCAGGGAUUUUGAGCCUGGUUAGUACUCGGAUGGGAGACCAUCACCAGGGCCUUGCCAGCCGCUUUGGUGUAGACGUGAGUUGUCUCCGGGCUCUCCAGGCUUUCUCCCACAUGAAGCCGAACACUCCUUGGUCAUCGUUGCUUUGGUCAAACAUCCCAUUGCAGGACGCUCCUGGUGAAAGAGUCUUGAGACUCACCGCGGCAUUUCCCUGGGUAAUUAUUGGCCAUUUUUUUCUAUUUGCACAGGAGAGUUCCUCUUACCACGUGGUGAUGUGGGGGACCGAUGUCGCGCGUCCUGUUAUUCGCGAUUUUACUUCCCGCUCGUUUGUGGCACUAAGUAAUCGUGGACAAUCGGACGGCCAGGACCAAGCGUACACAGGUCGCGCACCCGCUUAUUUUCAGCGUCAGCAGUGGGAGAAAAAGCAGUGGAUACACCGCUGCAGUCGCUACGGUGCGACCGUGCUUGUACGUAUAUCGCGGUGACUGGGUGAUACCUGUUUCUCUGUUGUUUAUCGCUCCGCGGUACAGUGGGACAUUCCGUGUGCGAACGUUGAUUUGUAAGCGUACGUUCAGCGCGCGCGUGCGUGCGCGUCGCAUACGGACAGCGUCGGUGCGUUAGUCUUGUUUACAGCGACGUCGCCGACCCCUCUGCCGAUCCUACUUGCUGUGCUGCGUACAGCGGCGUCCGCUAGAGGGGCGUCCCAUCGGCAGGCCACGCGCCGUGGCCGUCCCGGAGCGGGUCAAGCCCACCUCGUCCCCCCACGUGGGCCGCGUGGAGGAUGAGUAGGCCAAAGCACCUUCUGUACGGAGCGACUCUCCCUCGGGAGCUUGCCUCCAGGAGUUGUGGGGAAGACGGCCCUUCCGCCAGCAGGGGCGCGAGCAGAAAAUUGCAGGGCAGCGCCUCUGCCGUUUUGGUGAGGACGGCAACGUCCCAGCGACUUUGUGGGCCUCAACGCCGCUGGUGACGGUGGUGACGGUGAUGACGACAGUAGUUUUUUUUGUUUUACGCUUUCUAAGCGGCGCUCUGUCAGCCUCGUCUUCCAUUCUUGUGCGGGCACAGGGAUGGAGAUCGCGAGAGAGUUGUCGGAGGGUGGCGGAGUUUGGGGAAUGUUCUAGACGAGAGAAGAAGAACGAAGCCAAACGCUUUUGCUAUUCUGCUGGUUCAGAAACGAUGUUUACGCAACGUUAGAGGGGGGUGAGGGGUUAGUGGGGGAGUAGUUACUAGUGGCGAGGGCUAAAUGUGUUGCACUGCGACACCCCCCGUCUCUCCCGUGUUACCGAUCGCAGAACUCGGCGAGAGCAAUAUCGAUCAACCGGGGCCCAACACGCGAGCGAUGAGUCGCGUGCAACCAAAUUGCGCGCGACUCAAUCACAUCUCUGCAACCGGUUGCAGGGAGCAGCGGCGCAGAACCUGUCGCUGCCGCUCUCGCGGUCGAGGCGGACGCGGCUGUCAAGCGUCGGCCUGGCUCGGCGAUUCGUAGCGACGCGUCGCAUCGCCGGUGCGACGCAGUCGGCGAGCCGGCGACUGGUUGCUACGUUCCUCGGUGCGCCGAUCCACUCCGCUACGCGACGAACGAGCGGGUUUGGUCGGGCAGCUUCGUCGGCUCGGCUGCGGACGCGGCUCCGGAGGGCAUGGAAUCGAAUCACCCGAGCGGCAACUUGUAAUCUGUCCACCUUGGAGCGAGCGUCUGUCUCGCUCGCUCUUCUGGUCAUGUCGCGCCUUGGCCGGCACGUAGUCCGACGUUUCGCGCCCUCCGGACGCUUGCCGGCACAAUGCAGCAGAGGCGCCGCAGUCGCGAACGAUGAUAUUGACGCGUGUCGCUGUGGUGAGACAAGGUGGCACGCGGCUGGUAGCCGCAGGCAAAGCGACGGGGGUAUACUGGAUGUGGUGUGCCGGGUGCGGAUAUAUUUUUGUUCAGGUCGGUGACCCCGAACACAGGCCUGGCUGAAAUUAAACCCCGCCCUCUGUUCAUUUAAACUACUGAUAUCCUAAACAGAUACUGUAUAUGGGAAUAGGUUAUGGGAUUGUCAUAUGCGAUAUUAAACUCUGAUAGGUUGUGUCUGUCUUGUGUUACAUGGCCACUGCUUCGUUGUCACGGAACGUUGGACCACCCUUGAUAUUCCUGAAAUAAAAUAACUUACAAAUCGA